AAAGAGAGAGAGAGGGAAGAAAGAAAGUGAAUUAGAACGGAUGUAAUGACUAAACAAACAUUGAGGUAAAAAAAAAGGAAAAAAGUCAUAUGAUCGAAUUUAGGAGAUUACUAUAUAAACAAGUAGCAACAACUGUUUUGGUUCCAUCUGGGUAGUGACCUUCCCAACUAGAAGCAUAUGAACAAAUAUUGAUAAAAAAAAAAACAAGUCUCAAUAUGGAGUUUCGAACACAAAUCUUAGCUGCCACAUUGUUGGUGACCAUGGUGUCUGGUUACACUGUGGUGAACAUGGAGAAGAUGACCCCUCUUUCACCGAUGGUGCAGAAAAUUAACAGCCUUCAGACAACAUGGGACGCUCAAGAUAACUUUGGCUGGACUGACUUAAAAGACAUCAAAAGACUGAUGGGUGUUUUACCCGAUUCCAAGUUGCAUCUGCCCCAUCUGAGACCACCAGUUCUUGAGAUGGGUGGUCCUCUUCCUGAUUCAUUUGAUUCUCGUGAACAGUGGCCUGCUUGCGAAACACUCAAAGAAGUUAGAGACCAAGGAAACUGCGGCUCUUGUUGGGCUGCUGCUGCCGCUGAAGCUAUGUCUGACAGAAUCUGUAUCCAUUCCGGAGGCCAAGCGAAUGCUCAUAUUUCCAUUGAAGACUUGAUGACUUGCUGUGAGAGCUGUGGUAAUGGUUGUAACGGUGGAUUCCCUUCUGCUGCUUGGGACUAUUUUAAAUCUAGAGGCAUCGUCACUGGUGGACCAUAUAAGAGCAAACAGGGUUGCCAACCGUAUAAAAUACCAGCCUGUGACCAUCAUGUUCCUGGGAAACUGAACCCUUGUAAGGGAGAAUUGCCAACCCCAGCAUGUGAAAGACAUUGUGAACAGGGAUACAAUAUGACUUAUGAAAAUGACAAACAUUAUGGACAUAACUCUUACGCUGUGGACAAUGAUGAAAAGAGCAUUCGGCAGGAAAUACUGACCAAUGGCCCCGUUGAGGCAGCUUUCUCAGUUUACAAAGAUUUCCUUACAUAUAAAUCAGGUGUUUACCAACACGAAGAAGGAGAAUUUAUGGGUGGCCAUGCUGUGAAGGUUUUAGGUUGGGGCGUUGAGCAAGGUACUCCAUAUUGGCUUGUGGCUAAUUCUUGGAACCCUGAUUGGGGAGAUAAAGGAUUUUUCAAGAUCAAGAGAGGCACCAAUGAAUGUGGAAUCGAAGAUCAAAUUGUUGCAGGGCUUCCAAAAUUGGCCCAAAAAACAGAAUGAUAUUCUAAUGUUGUUGACAUUUUUACAUUUUAUAUAAAUCACACACACAACACACAUACACAAAAACACAUACAAACACACACACACACACAUCACAAGACAAAUAUAAAAAUAUUUAAAAUUUUUAUUUGAAAUUUACAUGAAACUUCAAAAUAAAUAUUUUUAUUAAGAUAA